AUGUUGAAUUACCUCUGGAUCCCUUUCUUAAUAGCUCUCUCUAGGGAACUCACUUCCGCAAAGGCUCAAUCGACAAUUCUCUUACCCACUGUGUCCGCUCCGAGUUGUCCCGCACCUGACCCGAAGCUCAAUUACCGUCCGGUCAUCGGAAUUGUGAGCCAUCCUGGCGAUGGCGCCUCCGGUCGACUCAACAAUGCGACCAACGCGUCGUAUAUCGCGGCAUCCUAUGUGAAGUUCGUCGAAUCGGCCGGUGCUAGGGUGAUUCCUCUUAUCUACAACGAGCCUCCAGAGAUUCUUUACAAAAUUAUAGUUGUAUUACAGAAGCUCAAUCUUGUGAAUGGUGUCCUGUUCACUGGCGGGUGGGCUAAAAGUGGGCUCUACUUUCAGGUUGUUGAGGCAAUUUUCAAGAAAGCUCUGAAGAAGAAUGAUGCAGGAGACCAUUUCCCUGUACUCGCCAUUUGCUUAGGUUUUGAACUUCUAACGAUGAUCAUCAGCAAGGACAAAAACAUUCUGGAAGAAUUUAGUGCAGCAGAUCAAGCGUCUACUCUCCAAUUCAUGAACAACAUAAAUAUAGAAGGAACAGCGUUUCAAAG